ACGUGGUUACCGGUGGCCUUAUCUUCAUCUGGAUGAUGUGCGACGGAGAUAGAUUCUGCGAACACAGCUUCUCAGGUGCUUCAUUUCUCCAUGAACAUCAAGAAACACUAACCCCAUGACAGUUUCCUUGUCUAAUCACCUCUUCCCUCGCACUCCUCUCUUCUUCAAGAAACUCCAACCCACCACAAAUCGCAACCGCAGCACCUCUGCAGUGAAAUGCAGAAGAAGCCAUGAAUUUAGGAACCGAAACCCCAUACAAAGACUCCACCUUUCCACCGAGAACUACAGAAAUACCUUAUCGCAGCCAAACGAUUUCAAAGAAGCCGACAUUAAGAGAGCGCUGUAUAGGUCUUGCGGGGCAGGGAAAUAUGGCGAAGCUCUGUAUCAUCUUGAAUCCAUGGUGAAGAUCGGGUACAAACCCGAUGUGGUUCUCUGUACAAAGCUUAUCAAGGGGCUUUUUAGGGUUAAGAAAGCUGAAAAGGCAGUGAAAGUGAUGCAGAUUCUGGAGCAAUUUGGGGAGCCAAAUGCUGUUACAUAUAAUGUUUUGAUUAGCGGAUUCUGUAAACUGAAUAGGGUUGAGGAAGCUAACAGGAUGUUGAAUAGGAUGAGAAUCCGAGGUUUUGUCCCUGAUGUUGUCACCUAUAAUAUAGUAAUAGGGAGUAUUUGUGGAAGGGGGAAGUUAGGGUUAGCUUUGAAGGUUUUGGAUCAGAUGAAGGAAGACAAGAAUUGUAAACCUAGUGUUGUGACAUACAAUAUCUUGAUGGAGGCUACACUCGUUAAAGGCGGGAUUGGUGGAGCAAUGAAGCUUCUAGAUGAGAUGUUGUCUCGAGGGCUUCGACCGACUAUAUAUACUUAUCAUGUAAUCCUCAAAGGGUUGUGUCGAGAAGGCAUGAUGGAUGAGGCGUUUGACUUCAUUCGGAGUUUGCCAGCUAAUGGCUGCAAACCCGUUGUGAUUUCGUAUAACAUUUUGUUGAAGGCAUUGUUGGACCGGGGGAAUUGGCACGAUAGGGAGAAGGUUUUGAGGGAGAUGUUGUCCGCGGGUUGUGAUCCGAAUUUGGUCACCUAUAGCAUCUUCAUGAUGUCAUUGUGUCGAGACGGGAGGCUAAACGAGGCAAUUCGCCUCUUGAGGAUUAUGAUGGAGAAAGGGUUAACCCCCAAUACGUUUUCCUAUAAUCCAUUGAUUUCCGCGUUUUGCAAGGAGGGGAGGCUAGAUUCGGCCAUCGAUGUGUUGGAUGACAUGAUCUCGAAUGGCUGCUCGCCCAACAUGGUGAACUACAACACCAUCCUUUCCACAAUGUGUAAAAACGGGAAUGCUGAUCUCGCCAUUGACAUCUUCGAGAAGCUCUAUGAAACGGGCUGCCCCCUAAACGUGUGUUCUUAUAAUUCAAUGACGGUUGCUUUGUGGAACAACGGGGAAAGAACCAAGGCUCUGAAUGUGGUCUGUCAAAUGAUACACAAGGGGAUUGAACCCGACAGGAUUACGUAUAGUACACUGAUAUCUUGUUUAAUCAAAGACGAGAUGGUGGAUGAGGCCAUGGCGCUGUUGAAAGAGAUGGAAAGACGCGGUUUUCCAUCUACAGUCUACAUUUACAACAGCGUUCUGCUCGGGCUGUGCAAAUCUCGUAGACUAGACGAGGCGAUUGAUAUCCUAGAAGAAAUGAGUGUAAAGCGCUGCCAGCCAAACGUAAAUACUUACAUUAUACUAGUUAAAGGCAUUGGUUUUCAAGGAUGGAUAGACGAGGCUAUAGAGCUGGCGACCACGCUUCUCCACAUGAAUGUUAUUUCGAAGAAAUCAAUGUCUCGGAUGAGCUUUACCUUCAAUGAUGCUUAGAAUUAGAAAACCUUUUGUUUCAAGAUCGAAUGGAAAACCGAGAGGUUUCGUUCUUCUUCUGUAAUGGUGGUUGGAGAUUUGUGAUUGUCUUUGUUUUGAUAUCUCAAGAGUUUUUGAUUCUCCAAGGAUUCAAAAUACCAAAACCUCUCUUGUUUUGUAGAAUGCAGAAGAUAUUGAGAUGCAUUUCUGUUGAUAAAGAGCACCAAAAAGCUUUGAAUUU